GCCUCUUUCGCCUGUAAUCCUUUUGCCGCGGGCGGCCGUAGUCGAACCCGCGUCCCUCCUCAUGAGUAGCGGCACCAGUUAAGAAACCUCGAAAGAGAGAAGAAGGGGGGAAGCGACCUCGAAUGGGUCAAGUGAGGGACCGCGGCGGCCUCCCCACCGCCCGAGCCGGCGGCGGAUCUCGCCGGCGGCAGAUUCAGAAGACCUUGAACAACCUGAAGAUCACCGUCCUCUGCGGCUUCGUCACCAUCCUCGUCCUGCGCGGCACCAUCGGCGUCGGCAACCUCGGCAGACCCGGCGCCGACGCCGACUCCGACCAGAAGGUCAUCGAGGACAUCGACCGCAUUCUCCGCGAGAUCCGCUCCGAUUCCGACCCCGACGACGAAGAACGCCCGCCUCUCGACUCCUCCUCCAACUCGACCUCCCUCUCCGCCGCCAAUUCCACAGCCACCGCCGCCCUGGCGGCGGCCAAGAACUACACCCUCGGCCCCAAGAUCUCCGACUGGGACGAGCAGCGCCGGCGGUGGCUGAGGGAGAACCCCGGCUUCCCGUCCCAGGUUGCCGGCGGCAAUCCCCGCAUCCUCCUCGUCACCGGAUCGCCGCCCAACCCUUGCGACAACCCCAUCGGCGACCACUACCUUCUCAAAUCCACCAAGAACAAGAUCGACUACUGCCGCCUCCACGGGAUCGAGAUCGUAUACAACAUGGCCCAUUUGGAUCGGGAGCUCGCGGGGUACUGGGCGAAGCUCCCGCUGAUUCGCCGCCUGAUGCUUUCCCACCCGGAGGUGGAGUGGGUCUGGUGGAUGGACAGCGACGCCCUCUUCACCGACAUGGCCUUCGAGAUCCCGAUCUCCCGCUACGAUGCCCACAAUCUUGUCAUCCAUGGCUACCCGGAUCUCCUCUUUGACCAGCAUUCUUGGAUUGCCCUAAACACCGGCAGCUUCCUCCUCCGCAAUUGCCAGUGGUCGCUGGAUCUUCUCGACGCCUGGGCUCCGAUGGGUCCCAAGGGGCCGAUUCGGGAGGAGGCCGGCCGGAUCCUCACUGCCAACCUCAAAGGCCGGCCGGCGUUCGAGGCGGACGACCAGUCCGCCUUGAUUUACCUGCUUCUGUCGCAGCAGGAGCGGUGGGGCAACAAAGUCUACAUCGAGAAUUCCUAUUACCUCCACGGUUUUUGGGCCGGCCUGGUGGAGCGUUAUGAGGAGAUGAUGGAGAAGUACCACCCGGGGCUAGGGGACGAGAGGUGGCCCUUCGUGACGCACUUUGUCGGGUGCAAGCCCUGCGGUAGCUACGGGGAUUACCCGGUUGAGAAAUGCCUUGGCAGCAUGGAGAGGGCCUUCAACUUUGCCGACAACCAGGUCCUCCGGCUUUAUGGGUUUGGUCACAGGGGCUUGUCGAGCCCCAAGAUCAAGCGGAUCAGGAACCAGACGGCAACCCCUCUCGAGGUCAAGGAUAAGCUAAGCCUUCAAGCUGGAAUAUCCAGUUGAUGACGAGAAUUGACCACCCAUUCACCCUAUUCCAGUGCCGCGCAAGGUCAGGUUUAUGUUAUUUGUUGUGAGAUAGGUUCUUCAACUUAGUGAAGCAUGUAAUAUCAAGCAUUUGAUGUUUACUUAUUUUGACAGCACCACACUCUGAUUUUUAUUGUUACUUUGGGAUUUCUUUGUGAAUGAAAAUUAAACAAGGAGGAGGAAAAAAAUUCUUUCUUCAGAUAACAAG